AUGGCUUCAGACCUGGCCGCUCGCAUCGGGGAUCUCAACCCCUUCGCCUCUAAAAACCGUCGUAUCAACGAUGAAGAUUUCGGCGAACAAAUCGACAAUGACACCGUCGCUGGCGGUGGAAACAGCACCCGGCGCAUAGUCACAGACCUCAGAGUCAGCAGCGCCCUGAGAGAAUUCCUCGCCAAUGAAAAGAUGCUCUCCAAGAAGGAAGCCAUGGUCUAUUCGGAGGAUUCAUCGCAGGCCCUGCUGGACCUCGUUAGCAAGCCGCAUAUUCGCGUGCCGGCUGAGCUGACAGAUAGAUCGCAUCCAUUGCCAGAGUACUUUAUCAGCUCGAGCCACAACACUUAUCUUAUGGCGCAUCAGCUGUAUGGCUCCUCUUGCGCGACGGCGUACGAGACGGCGCUUAGGACAGGUGCGCGAUGUGUUGAGAUUGAUGCGUGGGAUAAUAGCGACGACAGAGAUGAGCCCAAGGUGACUCAUGGAUAUACUCUGGUAUCCAAUAUUUCAUUCCGUCAAGUAUGUGAGACUAUCCGAGACUCCGUCGAUCGAGAAGCUGCCGAAGCGCAGACCAACCCCGCCUUUCGGCCCUCGCCUGUUCUGCUAUCGCUGGAGAACCACUGCGACGCCUACGGCCAGAUGCGCCUCGUCAACAUCAUGCAGGAUGUGUGGGGUGAUCGUCUGCUCAGCAAAGCUGUGAGACAUCUCGGCCAUGAAGAACAGGCCGGGUCGCAUAAGCACGUUUGUCUGCAGGAUCUGGGCGCCAAGAUCGCCGUCAUAGUGGAGUACCACUUCUUGGACGAACCUUCGUCCAGCUCAACCGAUUCAGACGACUCGGAAGAUGAGGAGGAGGAAAAAGCAGCGCGGAAGGAGUACAAGGAUAAGAAGAAGAAGGAAGAAUUCUCUGUCAUCAUUCCUGAGCUUGCUGAGCUGGGAGUCUACGCACAAUCUGUCAAGCCUGUUGAUAACUCGUGGUUCCAAGACGGUGAGCUCGCCAACGGACCUCACCACCAUCUUAUCAACGUCUCUGAGUCGGGCCUGGCGUCUCAUCUUCCCGAGUAUGCAGCAAACAUCGGUCGUCACAACGCCCAUCAUCUCAUGCGCGUCUUCCCCAAGGGCACACGAAUAUCAUCCACUAAUCUGAAGCCCGUCCCUUACUGGGGCAUCGGCGCCCAGAUCUGUGCUCUCAACCUGCAGAACUUCGGUACCAGCAACCAGCUCAACGAGGCUCUCUUCAGCGGCACGGACGGCUACGUCCUCAAGCCCGCUGCUCUCCGUGCUGGCGGCAACGGCAAGCUCAGCACAGGCCGCAGCAAGCGUCUCCGUCUCCACGUCGCAGGCGCAACAGACAUCCCACUGCACGGCGACUCAGAAGCUGACUCGAUCAAGCCCUACCUAACAUGCACGCUGUACCACCCAGAUGAGAUCAAGGGCGACCCGCCCAAGCGCAAGACCGCUCCGUACAAGCAGCACAAGCUCGAGUUCCUGCACCGCGGGCCCAACCCGCCGCCGACGGAUCCCCUCUGGGACGAGACGCUGACGUGGGAGUACGAAGACAACGAGCUGGUGUUCCUGCGGAUGCUCAUCAAGAGCGAUGAUAGCUGGACGCGGAACCCGAUGUUUGCGGCGGUGGCGGUGCGGUUGUCGUAUGUUGAUCCGGGAUGGAGGUUUGUUCGUAUGUUGGAUCUCAAGGGGCACGAGACGAAGUGUUCGGUGCUUGUCAACUUUGAGAUUAUUGAUGCUUGA